AGUCGCCGGACGACAGUGUGAGCUGGUAAUGGAGUGACUUGCGAUGGCGUUAAGCUGGCGGCUUUGGCUUUCGAAAUUCAAUUCUUUUUUUGGAAGGUUUCGCCUACCGAAGUUCGAAGAUCGAGGAUACGCGGCGAUGGACGACGAUGUCCUCUUCGAUGCACUCGACGUGCAGGCGACGCCCGAGAUGGCCGAGCCGACGCGUCUCGAGCAGCCCAAGACCGAGAUGGCGAUGUAUAUGCCAGCGUCGAAUGGACCGGACAUCAAGGACCGCGUGUACAUGGAGCAGAUCUUGACGUUGACAAGCCAAGUCGGCCAGUUAAAAGCAUCCGCGGCCGAGUUUACCACUGCACGCGUGCAAAGCGCGGCCGAGCUGUCCACGCUACGGCAGCAGCUGGACCGGCACGAGUCGGCCGCCAAGCACCUCAAGCAGAUGCUCAAAAACAUCAGCGACAAAUACACGGCGCUACAAAACGAGCACAAGAGCACGAAAGAGGAGGCGGACGAGCAACGAACGCUCCUCACGUCGGCCACAGAGCGCGUCGUUCUACUCGAAGGUCAAGUGACAGCGUAUGAAGCGCAGCGUGAACAAUGGGUCCAGCUCCAAGCAGCGCACGACGACGUGCGACGAGAGCUCUCGCAGGCGACAGCGGAGCGCGAUGCGUGGCAACGCCAGGUGGUGCAUUUCGAAGGCGUCGAAGCCGCCAACGAGCAACUGCGCAGUGACGCCGCCACGAUUGCGCUCGAGCACGAGCUGGCGCGAAAGCGGAUGCACCACAUCAUCAAGGAGCUGCGCAAGUCGCUCGCAGAAGAGCGGGCCCGCCAGCCGCCGUCGCCGGUAGUCAUCUCGACGCCACUGGCUGUCAAGUGCAUUCACGUGGCCGAGCCCAUCGAUAGCGCAGCAGACGUCGUCUCGGAGUUUGCGCUGCGCAUCGAGGGCCUUUUACAGGCAAACGCGCUCUUGACCGAGCGCCUUCGGUUCUCAGAGGAGAACACGCGGCUGCUGGCAACCGACUUGGAGAAAAAGCGGUUGCUGUUGAGCCACCUCACGCGCACGGCGAUGACGGAGGACAUGGACGAUAUGCAUACGCUGGCCAAGGCGAUGUACACCGAGCGUCUCGAGACGGCCAAUGCGCUACUCCUGGCCUUGUUGCGCGAGAACGCGGCGCUCAAGGCGCGGGCGCCACUGGGGCCACUGCCGCUCGCCGACGGGCAAGCGCUACAUGCAAUGUACCGUGCCCUGUAGCAAACGUGGAUGACAGUGGAAACAUGCAUAUGCAAGGGGCUUAAAGAUCCCGAAGCUUGGACGUAAUGAGUUCCGUGAGCUCACGCACUUGGUCCUUGAGCUGCUCAAUGUCCGAGUCGUUGGCGACAUCGCGGUUCUUGGGGAUCCACGA